AUGAUAAAUUGGUGGCUACUAUUUGGAAUUAUUCUUAUAUUUACCUUUAUUACUAGAUUUUAUAAAGUAACAGAACCUGCUCAUGUUUGCUGGGAUGAAACUCAUUUUGGUAAAAUGGGAAGCUGGUAUAUUAAUAGAACUUUUUUUUUUGACGUUCAUCCACCUUUAGGAAAAAUGCUUAUUGCAUUAUCAGGACAUUUAACAGGUUACGAUGGAACAUUUCCUUUUGAAAAGCCUGGUGAUAAAUAUAAAAAUGUUAAUUAUAUUGGUAUGAGAAUGUUUUGUACAUUUCUUGGUGCCACAAUAGUACCAUUAUCAUUUUUGAUUGUAUGGAAACUAACACAAUGUGCAAGAGCUGCUGCUUUCUCGGCUGGCUUAAUUUUAUUUGAUGUUGGAUUGCUAACAUUAAAUCAGUAUAUUCUUCUGGAUCCUAUACUUUUAUGUUUCAUGAUGUGCACAAUAUAUACUAUGACUCAAGUUGGUUCAUUAUAUAACCAACCAUUUACUUUGGCUUGGUGGAUUUGGUUAUCACUCACAGGAGUAUUUCUUGCUUGUACGAUUAGUGUAAAAUUUGUUGGAUUAUUUGUAGUUUUACUAGUUGGAUUUUAUACAGUUCAUGAAUUAUGGAGAGAAUUAGGAAAUUUAAAUCAGUCUAUUACUGUUGUUGGAAAACAUUUAAUAUCUAGGAUUAUAUGCCUUAUAAUUUUGCCUAUCUUUUUAUAUUUAUUUUUUUUUUAUAUCCAUCUUACUGUUUUGAAUAAAAGUGGAAGUGGUGAUGGAUUUUAUAGUUCAGAAUUUCAAUCAUUAUUAGAAGGUAAUUCACUGCAUAAUGCAAGUAUGCCUCGUCAGUUAGCAUAUGGUGCAAAGAUUACUUUAAAAAAUCAUCGUACUGGAGGUGGUUAUUUACAUUCACAUUGGCAUCUAUACCCUGAAGGCAUUGGAGCACGACAACAACAGAUAACAACAUACUCUCAUAAAGAUGACAAUAAUUUAUGGUUUAUUAAAAAAUUUGAUAUAGAUGAAAUUUUAUCAAAACCAGAACUAGUUAGACAUGGUGACCUCAUUCGCUUAGAACAUGUUAUUACUAGACGCAAUUUACACUCUCAUAAAGAAAUUGCUCCAAUAUCUAAAAAACAUUAUCAAGUUACUGGUUAUGGCGAGAAUGGAACUGGUGAUGCAAAUGAUGUUUGGAAAGUAUUAAUACAACAUGGUAAAGAAGGAGACGUCGUUGAAACUGUGACUAGUAAAUUAAAACUCGUUCAUUAUUUACAUCAUUGUGUUCUCACGUGUAGUGGAAAAACAUUACCAAAAUGGGGAUACAGCCAACAAGAAGUUUCUUGUAAUCCUAAUAUAAGGGAUAAGAAUUCUUUUUGGAAUAUUGAAGAUAAUGAUUAUUCAAAACUUCCAAAUGUUAGUUUCCAAGUUUAUGCUCCAAGUUUUUUUAAACGAUUUCUUGAAUCUCAUGCUGUAAUGUUGCAAGGAAAUUCCGACUUAAAAGUUAAGGAAGGUGAAGUUUCUUCAAAACCAUGGCAAUGGCCAAUAAAUUAUAGAGGUCAGUUUUUCUCAGGAAACAGUCAAAGAAUAUAUUUGCUUGGUAAUCCUGUAAUUUGGUGGGGAAACAUAGUUUUCCUCUUCAUCUUUGUAUUGGUAUAUAUAAAUGCAGCUGUAUGUGAGAAACGUGGCUGCAAAGAAGAUAAAUCAUUACUUCAACAGAGAAGAACUGUUAUAAACGCAGGAAGCUGGUUAUUUAUUGGUUGGCUAUUACAUUAUGUACCAUUUUGGACUAUGACACGUGUUUUAUAUUUCCAUCAUUACUUUCCUGCACUGCUUUAUAGUUCUAUGCUCACUGGAAUAACUUUUAAUUAUAUUUUAGAAAGUUUCUUAAUAUUAUUACCAGAAAAAAUCGGGAAGACUAUUUAUCAUGUUAUUCUUGGUGUUGCAAUUUCAGCCGUUGUUUACAGUUUUUAUGUAUUUUCACCAUUAGCUUAUGGAAUGGAAGGACCAUCAGCUAAUGAUCCAAAUAGUACAAUGUAUUCACUUCGUUGGAUGGAUUCAUGGGAAUUUUAAUAAGUAUUAUAUUUGAUGUGAUCACUUACAAAGUUUUAUAUAUUUAUUA